CGUGAACGUGUCGAUAGCUGGCUAUACAUGGAUCUGACCAACUGAUCGAGACAUUCAUCACAUUCAUGGACGAACGAGCACAGCACGGGGGGCCAAAAAUUUAUGCUCUCUCCAGCCGCGUCAGUUGGUUAAAGUCCAUCGACACAGUAGCUAGCUAAGGCUCUAUGGGCACACACAGAGAGAAAGAGAUACAUUCUGUUCUAUAGACACACUGCCGUCGCAUCGCGAACGCAGAGAACGCUCUCAAGGACUCACAUCACAUACACACAGAAGGAUGCAACUGCUACCCAUAUUGUUUAGAGACACACAGGCAGACAUCACCUCUCUGUAAACCACACACAAGUCUUCUCACCGGCGCUUCAUCACUCUACUCAAUAAAAUCCGUUCGCACCUUCAUUGACUGGCUAACGCGCCCUUCCAGAGUCACGAUGCAGCCGCUUCAUCGAGCAGCUUGCCGAGUGCCUCUUGGCUGCCGAGUGUGCCAUCUGAAGGCACCAGCUGCCGCGUGAUCCGGCCCUUGUGCAUCACCAAAACACGGUCACAGCCCCUGCAUACGCCACAAACGCACAGAGACAACGACGAAUGAGCACCUGGAUACGUGGAUGUGGGCAGUGGGGCAACGGGUACGAACCUGAUGGAAGCCGCAUGGUGUGCGACGAUCAAGGCGGCGCAGUGGGGCAGCACCUUCCGCAGCGUCACGUGCAGGGGCGGCGCACCGCUGUCGUCAGCCGCACUGCCGGCGCCUUCAUGUUCGGGAGGGGGCGGCUCGUCGAUGACCAGUAGCUGCAGGUUGGCCCCCGGUGCCUUGGCCUGCAGCAGCAGUCUCGCCACCGCCAGCUGCUGCAGCUGACCCACCGACAGGCUGUUCGAUGCGCCGUUGGUGUCACCCCCGUCGGUCCCCUCAUCCCUCCUGGCUGUCAUGCCGCCAGAUGGAGCGACCACAAGGUCCAGCCCGGGGCGUGUCCGGGCGUCCUCCUUGGGCAGUAUGGGGAUGGUGACGUCAUCACUGUCGUCGGGACAUGCACCCGACGAGUCGCGGAGGGGGGCUGGCGAGUUGGGCAGAGGGGCUGGAGGGGAGUAGAGGGCGGUGAGCGUCGGCCCCAGGCCGCAGAGAUCGAGCGCCUCCCAUAUCGUCGCAUCGUUGAAGUAGUCCUAAGGAGGAAGGAGAGGGGAAAAUUGCAGAUGUUCAACGAUGCGUUCCCACUCAGUGGAUGACUGACCUCUGGGUCGAGAAGCUCUCGCACAGUCCAGUCCUUGAGCACCACGGGAAACUGAACAGUGAGCCAACACAAGCAGCCGCCAGGUCCGUGCAUCUCGCCUACCCCAGGCAUCCACCCCUCUCUCUGCUCCACCUACCUGGGGGAGGACGCCGACAACCCUCCGGAACUCGUCAUCGGCCAUAUCCUGGGCCUCCCUCCCGGCAAUCAGUAACCGCCCGUGGCUCAGCUCCACUUGCCGCAAAACAGACAAGAGCAGCGUGCUCUUGCCUGCCCCAGUUCUCCCAACCACACCGACAUGCUCGCCGGGAGCCAGCGAGAGCGAUAUGUCACGCAACGCGGGGGGCACUCCGGCACGGUAGCGCACCUCCACUUUGUCGAGGACCAGGGCAGGUGCGCCGGGUCGGGGCGGCAGAGCUGCCCGUGCCUCCCGCUGCUGCUGCUGUCGUCUUCGUGUCCGGCGCGCUGACGGGGUGGACGAUUCCUCGGGGUCGAGCUUGACGUACUCCUGAUGGACGACGGACAGCGACAGCUUGUGUAAGGAAUGAGAAGGUGAAGGUGAGGGAGAUGUCUCGUUCCUGACCUGAAUGCGUUCGACGGAAACGAAGUUGAUCUCCAACAUGAUGAUGAAGAAAAGGAAGCCGCCGAUCAAGUCCCGCAGGUCCAUGGCAUACUGCAGCGAGAGGCCGAACAGCGUGGCGUUGCCCCGCAACUCCUCCCCUGACAGCGGUGUGGCUCUCGGACCCCUGACAGCCAGGCCCAACAGCGGACCGAGCGUCGUAAUCGUGAAGAGGGCGAAGCCAAGCAGUUGCAGCCGCAGCUUCAUCCACUGAAACGCCCUGAGGAAUGUGAGGGGGACAGUGAGUGGCUGGACCAGACUUCUGCAUGGAGUUCGCUUACGAAUAAGAGACGAGCCGGCGGCGGCCGUACAUGUUGAUGUGACGCAAGUUCUCGCCGAUAAAGGCACCCUACCAACCAAGACAGCCACAUCCCUUGCUACGCUUUUCCUCCGCCCCAGCAAGUCUUCUACCCACCUGUUGCUUGAAUGCUCGAAUGAUGGGUGCACCGGCCAUGGUCUGGUUAAAGUGCGAGAAGACCUUAGAGAGGCACUGCAUUUUCUUGCGCUCCAUCUCCCGUUGCGCCUCCUGGUUCGGCCACGCCACGUACACGAGGAACGGCACGUAGAUGACCGGCACAAAUAAGAAGGCCACGGGGGCCGUAUACAGCAGCAUGCCGGCCGUGAACAGGAGCCUCGCGCUGGAGCCGAGAACGAUCCCGAAAUAUGCCAUGAGCUGGUCGUCCACCUUCCACAUGUCGCCGGCGAUGCGGGUAAGGACGCGGCCGAGCGGGUUGGCAUCGAACCACCUCAGCGGCACGCGCAGCAGGAGGCUCUUGACCAGCUUGUUGUGGAUGGACGACGACGCCUUCAUCGAUCCAAUCGUCUCCCCCAGACACUCAACCAAACCCCAGCCGAUCAGGGCGAGCAGGAAGAUCAUGUACGUGCGGAGACAGGCCACUUGCGUGAGGACGUCGGUCUCGCCCUUCUCCGUCCACCGCUUGAAGUAUAUCUUGCCACCCUCCCGUCCAAUCUCCUUCCCCACAACCGCCAAACCGAUGAGCACAGCCAGCAGCACACCGGCAUGCUGCACGUACCUGAACAACAAGGCCGAAGAAGGAAAUGCAAGUGAAGUGGCUGCCUUCUUCUCUUCUUUCCAAUCGACUGACCAUGCGUACGUCGACAGGGACACUGACCCUUGCUUGGUCUUCUCCUCUUCGAAAAGGGCUCCUGUCCUCUGGUUCUGGCCAGUCUCGCCGACGCCUCGGUACCCGCCCAUAUCUUGCACCGCCUCCCAGGGCUGCUCCCAGUCAUUCACCGCAACGCAUUGCAGCAUAGAAUGUCGCUCCUCUAUCGAGGAUGGCACCGACCGUGGCGUGAGGGGAGUCGACGGCUCACCGCGUCCUUCUGACAUGGGUAACCCGCCGCCGAUCCUGGUCAAAGCAGCAUGUGAUGCCUCCUCUGCCCUUUCCGAGUCUGCUGCUGCUGCUGCUGCUGCCUCGCUGGGAAGAGAUGCGACACGUCCGCUGAAUAGUGCCGUCAAAGGGUGACUCGGGUCGGCAAGUGACAGCUGCUGGGCCACCUCGUCCACUUUGCCUUCCCAGGCCACGCGACCCCGGUACAUCAGCACCACUCGGACGGGCAGGGACACAGCAGCAGCAGCAGCACCAGCGUCACUGCCCUGCGGCUGCAUGGACUCACUCAGGAGGGUCUGGAAUGUGAUGGGCUGGAGACACAGAACCGUCGCAGCACCAGACAGCAGGCCGUCGGCAGCGGUGAGUUGCUUCCAUAUCUGCUGCCCCACUCGCGGAUCGAGAGAUGCGAAUGGGUCGUCGAGGAGGAAAAGGUCGGUGUCGUUAGAUGGGUUGUAGAGGGCGCGGGCCAGGGUCAGGCGCUGACGCUGCCCCCCCGACAACACAUGGCCGCCCUCGUUGACCUCCGUCACGUCACCUGCAGUCGAACAAUGAACGAUGCGACAGAAGGAGGCAUGCGUGAGAUGUGUGGGUCCUCACCGUGUGGCCAAGCGUCGAUGUCCAGACAGAGUUGACAAGCCUCCACCACCCUGUCGUAGGCCUUCUGGUCAUAGUCCCGACCGAAAAGAAUAGUCGAUCGGACCUCGCCUUGAGGGAUCCACGGCACCUGAGUCGACCACCCGAUGGUCAGCUGCUCUGCGGCCGAAGAAGACGAAGCACGCGCCGCUAAGACCCCUCCGCUUGGGUAAGUGUCAACAGUCCCCCGCAGGAGCUUCAUGUCACCCAAUAGAGCACUCAGCAGGGAGCUCUUCCCCGCGCCCCUCGCCCCCAGCAGAACCACGAUCUCGUUCCUCUGCAGCCGCAGUGAGAUGUCCUUGAGACGGAAGCCUUCCGUGCUUCCGUCGCCCCGCCAGCUGAACGUUGCCUUUCUGGCACACAGGACGUCGGCAUCAUCGAUAUGAGACGAUUGCGCGAACGAGCCGCCGCUGUCUACAUGAGAAAGCGAUGGUGAUGAAACUGGCGAUGGGCCGAUGACAACUGGUGUGGUCAGGGGCGUGGCGCCAGCCGCUGGGGCGUGCGAGAGAGCAAGGAAGUCCUGCAGGCGCUGGAGCGAGACGCUGGCCUCGAAAGCAUAUUUGAGGAUGAAGGGCAGCCAUCCCAACGCUCCCCCGACUUCCUGCAUGAUCUGUUGGACGGUGAUGAGCAUCGAUGAGCUCACGCCGAACGGCUUACCCUGAUGCAGGCCGACAAAUAGAGGGAAUGCGUGUGGCAAGCACAGAUAGAGUGUCUUGAGUGUCUUGCUGUUGUGCUGACCUCUUGUGCCUGUUCGAGGACGUAAGUUGCGAAGAAUACAUAGAGGGCCAUGCUGACCAUGAUGCCCUCACAGAACCAGGCGAGUCUGUUGCAAGCCAGCCGGGCCGUCGUGGCCGACACCUCGGGUAUCCGCACCUUGCGAAUCCUAACGAUCACCGGCUCCAUAAAGUUGAUGAUGCGCAAAGUCCGGAUCUCCGUCAAAGCCUCGUUCCACAACUCAGUGCGCUUAUCCUUCGACAGCUGCACAAACACAUAGCAUACGCACACACAUGAACAAUGGCCAAUAGAUACAGCUUCGAAGUGUACGCAUGAGUGUGUCUGGCCGCUGACCAUCAUAGGCUUCCUCAGGGCGGCGCUGAUGGCGCACAGGAUGAAAACGAUGACAAUCAUGGCCAGAACGGUGACGAGCGGAGCGAUGGUCGAUGACCUCCCUCCCCCUUCGCGCGACAGCAGCCAGAAGGAGAAGCCAAGUUUGAGUGGAAGCAACAGACACGUCAGCGCUCCGUCUGUGAGCCACUGGAGAGGGUCCAGGUCGUUCGUUAUGAGGGUAUAAAGGCUCGCGCGUUCCCCCUUGCCGUCCGUACCGGUGCCCUCUCGCUCGUCAGUGGGUCGGUUGCUGGCCUUGCCGGUCGUGUCGAGGCCACGGUGGAAGAUGGUGGUGAUGAGGCUCUGGCUCAGCCGCAAGUAGAGCCGCCACGUCAUGAAGUCAAAGUGCACGUGCGUGAGGAUCUUCAGGAGGCUCAGGACAAGCAACAUGAGACGAGAGCCAAACUCUGCAGAAUGAAUGAGUCAGUCAGUCAAUAAUAAUGAACGAAUCAAUCCGACGGAUUGAUUGCCUGUCGUGACAGCCAGCCACUCAAUCAGUGACUGACUGACUGACUCACUCACUCACUCACCGUUGAGCAGCUCAGCGUUUGUGUGGCCCUGUGCUGAUUCAGCAAAGCCCACAACAUUCUUGAGCUUGUAUAUGUACAUGAGACCACAUGCGUCGUUGAGCACACGGAGAGCCAAGCACUGCAGCAGGGGCACCCAGAAGGUCCGCAUCAGCACUGGGAGAACCCGAGGCCGGCGGCCCUUCUCCUCUGCUCGCGCCUGCUCACGAGAGAGCUGAUGCUGCAUGACAUGUCACGUACAAUCGGAGCGGCAAUAGUGAAGCAACGGACAGUGCUACAGUGUGCGCAUGUUGUCUUUCGCUCACUCACCUCGAGUCUGUCCGCCCAGAGGAAGGGUGCAUCGCAGUCAGACAGGUGUGGCACCACCUCGGUAGUGUCAUCGCCCUUGGACGUCUUUGCCCACCUCAGCGAAGCAGACUGAGCGGCGAGGUACGGCCCGACCCAACUGAUGAAAAACACAUGCAGGGAUGCGUUCAAACUUCACAGCCGUGUUUGCUGUGGGCUUGUGUGUCUGGUGUGUGUGCUAGCCUGAUGAACAGCCGGCCGAGGAAGGACGCCUCCUGCUCAGGUGCCGACGCCUCGCACAGCUUCUUAGCGCCACGCUGUCUGCCGCUCCCGUCAUCAAGCAAUGGCUGUCUAUCGGCCGCGCCAUUCUUUGUGUUCCGUCGCUGCAUCAGGACUCAGGUCGUCAAAGAGUUGUCGUGCUUGCCAUAAACGAUUGUUGGCCUGCUGCACGAUGCCUAAGGACUACCAAGACAG